AUGAAAAAAUUUCUAAACAAAAUUAGUAUCAUUUUUAUAAUGCAGUAACUUGGUGCCUUUCUUUGCUCAGAUUUGUGCAAUAAUUAUAUAUUAAUAUCUAAGUAAACAUUUUUUGGAUGCCAAAUUGGGUAAUAAAACUAGAAAUUUGAAGGAAUACACGUUUUAUAAAGCACAACAAAUUAGGUAUCAUAGUUUACUUUGAUAGGAUGGUAUAAUUUUUAGGGAAAUAUGGACUAAGAUUAUUUGCUUUUCUCAGCAAUAAAUGAUUAUAAUCAACAUAUUAUAACUAUUACUAUAAAUCCUAUUUAGCUAAAAAUCAAAACAACUCUGUUUGGCACUUAUAAUCCUAGCAAUGAUUUAAAUAUCUCAGCAUCAAAUUUAUCUAGUUUGUAAAAUACAUGGUUCUUUUUGAGAAUAGCAAUGGACAUCUAAUAUUCUUCAACAAAUUACUACACUCACUAUUUGUUUGUCAACAAAAAUACUGAAAUAUCUGGAUUAAUUUUAACUACUACUCCAUAUAAUGUAUUUAAUGGAGUUUCACCCAUAUCAAAUUUUGACAAUUAAAAUUUUUAAAUCUUUAUUGGCUAAUAAGCGAUUUACCCCUAUUCAGCAGCUUGUUCAUUAGUUAGAUAACUAAUCUUCAUUAUAGGCUAGACAUCUCACAGUUUAGGUCAAGGUAUUACAAGUUAAGAAUAAUCAAUUUUGGCUGAGCAAGUUUUUUAUGUAAAUUAUGGAUUUGCUUCAUCUUGGUCUCCUUAUUAAUUUAAUUAAGCUAUAAAUUAUUUUGGAUAUACAAAGUAUAAUAAAUAAUCAACAUUUUCAGAUUUUACUCUAAAUUUGUAAUGUAGUGAAACCUGGUUUAUUGGUUAAUUUGAAUUUGAUACUAGAAAAGGUAUAAUGAUUUCAAUAGAUUUCAAAGUUAGUGGAGGCUAAUUAAAUUAAAUUUCAACUAUUUUUUUGCUAGAGUCUUAAAUUAAUUCUAGUAAGACUCCAUUUUAUGAAAUUCUAUCAGAUAGCUAUGACUCAAGUUAAUUUCUUCUAAGAGAAUCUUAUAAAGGAAAUAUUAACAACGCUGGUAUUAAUAUUCCUUUAAAUACUUGGCACAGAUUAACAAUUAUAUUGAACAUUAGUUUUAGAUAUUUAUAUAAAUAAAUAUUUUUAAAUAAUAUUCCAAUAUUUGGUACUGUUCCUAAUCCUUUAAGUUAAGUGGGAUAAAUCUUUUUUACUAUUUAAAAUAAACAGUAGACUGUGUCAGGGCCUUGUUAUAGAUUACUUUUCAUAAAAACAGUAAGAGUGUUUUAAGGAUCUUUUUUUGCUCCCUGUCUUGAUUGUUAGGCUUAAACAGAUAUAAUAAAUUAGAAAAAUUGUCUUCUGUGUUAAUCAACAGCUCUAACAAUCAAUUCAAUUUCUAGUAAUACAUGUACUAAUUAAGCCUCCUGUCCAUCCUAUUAUUAAAUAAAAUAAUAAUAGAAGGUAUGUGAUUUUACUGACAAUACUCCCUGUAAUGCCUAUUAAUCAGUUUAAAUGAUGAGAUUUAGGCCAGAUGGGUAGUGUACAUGCGCUCUUGGAACUUUUUAAAAUUAAAACAUAUGCUCUGAAUGUCCUGAAUAUUGCAUUCUAUGUGAAUAAUAAAAUGUUUGUACAUAAUACAUUAUUAAUCCUCCUUAGAGAGAUAGUGUUACAGGAAAAUGUUAAUUAUAAGACGCCUUUGAUGAUGGAAUAUCUUGUAUCUCAAGCUUUAUGAAAAUUCCUAAUCGUAUUAACUUAAAAAUAGAUUUCCCUAAUAAAAUUAUUAAUUGCUCAAAUCUAAAUUCACUAGUCAUGAAAUAAUAUUUAAUUAAAAGUGAUGCAUUCAAAAUUGGAACAGUUUCGAAUUCUUUUUUUAUAAGUUUAGGCUUUAAAAUAACAUCUCCAACAAGCAGUGUUGGUGAGUCAUAUACAAUUUUAUUUAUGUAAGAUGAAAAUAAACAUGUAUUUACUUUACUAGGAAUUUUACAAAAUAGUAGUAAUAUUAAAUUAGAACUUCAUUAUAGAAACUCAAUAAUAUUAUAAACCUAUAUAAGUUAUAAUUUAGAUACUUGGAUUGGACUUUUCACAGAUCUUUCCAAUUUUAAUUUAAUAAUAAAACAGUAAAGUGCUCCAGUAUCAUUUUAUUAAGUUAAAUCACAAGGCUUAAGUUAGUUAGUAGAUCCUGAUUUGUUUGUUGGAGGUGUGAUUUCUUUCUAUUAAACAACAACGUAUCCUCUCUGUGGAAAUCUACAAUAAAAUAUUUUCAUUUUAUAUGGAGAUUACACUAUGAAUUUAUUUCCUCAAACUCUUCAGAAUCUAAGUUUUCCUUAAAUGAUAAACAUACUAGACUUUAAUUUUAGUGACUACAAUUCUAACCUUUUUUAAACAUAGUUAAUAAUCUAAAAUAUAUUAGAUUCUACAAAAAAAAUUUAAUUUUAUGUCUUAAACACUGGAUUUAACCAAUUUAAAGGAAUUCUUACUAGAAGUAAUUCAUAUUCUUAAAUAUAAAUAAAUCUAACCACUCCAUUCGCUAUUGAGUUUAUGAUUUUUCCAUUAAUUAGCAAUAUGUAUUCUAACAGUUAUACCUUUUUUUAAAUUCUCGAUUAAGCUAAUACUCAAGUUAUUGCCUUUAACAUCUAUUAAAUAAAUUCUUAAUUAAACAGAGCUAAGUUGAAAAUCUGUUUAAACUUCAUUUGUUAAACUGCUACAUAUGUAUCUAUAAGAAUUAAUUAUAUCAAUUAAAUAUUUAUAUAAUUUAAUGCAGAAAGUUAAAAUACUAGGUUUUCUAUUAUAGCUAAUUACAAAUAUGAAGAAUUAAAUUUUCCAUAGUCGGUAAUUUCAAAAUUUACAAAUUUAAACUCAAUAAUACAAAUAGGUUUAGUAUAAACUGGACCUAUUUCAGAUGUAUUUUAUUUUAAUAAUCUUAAUAUUUAUUCUGGAGGAUUUUUUUAUCUUGAUUAUGACCUCAGCGAUCCUUGUUUUUUGUAUAUCACUAAAGUUAAUAUGGAAUGUGCAAUUCCAAAAUAAGGAUAUACUAUAAAAGAUGGCAAGGCUAUUUUAUAAAAUCAAUGUAAUUAUGAUAGAAAACUUUAUUAAACUGUACUCUAUAACAAUCCAUUUAUAAUGAGAUGCUAAGAUUCACAUAAUGUGAUACCUUAUUGCUUGGAAAUGGAUUAUACUAACAUUAAGUAAUGUAUUUUAUGUUCAAGUGAUGGUUUGAGUGCUAGUAAUAAUUGUUAAUGCUAAGAUGGAACUUACCUAAAUCUCUCACUUAUGAAGUGUCUACAAUGUUCUCCUCAGUGCUUAACUUGUUCUGGUACUGCUUAAAAUUGUAUAAUAUGUAAAAAUUAAACUCUAUUAGCUCCAGAUUGCUAGUGUUGGUAUACCAAUUAAUAUAUGAAACAAGAUUACACUUGUGAAUUUUGUGAUCCAUAAUGCAGUGAAUGCAUUGAAAGUAGUAGCAAUUGCACAUUAUGUAGCUAAGAUAGAAUAUACACACCAGAUUGCAGAUGUAACUAAGCAUAUUUUGAAAACACAUAAACCGAAAAUAUUUCAAAUAGCUGUAGACCAUUGAAAUGCGAUUUUAAAUGCCAAACAUGUUUAUAUUUCCCUUAAAAUUGUGGAACUUGUAGAGGGAAUAGAAUAAAACCACCGAAUUGUAUUUGUUAAGAAGGUUUUUAUGAAGACCCAAAUAUUAAUUAAGAAAACUGUCUAUAAUGUCCUUUAAGAUAAUAUUAUGAUAAUUAAAAAAAAUAAUGUAUGAAUUGCUUUUCAAACUGUCAUACAUGUGAUGGACCUUUAAAUAAUAAUUGCUUAAGCUGUUAACAAGGACUAGAAUUAAAAAACGACGGAUAAUGUAUAUGUCCCUAUGGAAGUUUGGCAGCUUUAGAAUUUGACCCUGAUUAUCCUUGUUAUUUCUUUAUGAAGUUAGAUUUUAGUAUUACUAAUUCUUAUUAGAAAUUUUAAAUUAAGCUUAAAUUUUAAUAUCCAAUUGAUAACUUGCAAUAAAUCUUACAAAAAUAUGGUAUAAAUAAUUUGUUUUAGUUAUAGAUAAGUUAAAUUCCUAAUGAGUCCUAUUAUGACAUAAAUCAAUAUUAAGUAUAAAGUAAUAGUGUGCUUAUUAUAGAAGUCAAUAUUCUGUAAAGUUUCUAAGCAACAGAAGCCUUUUUUGUAUUAAAAUAAAGCAGUGUUUUUAGAAAUUUUAAUGAAAAAAAAAUAGUUGACUCAUUUUAUUAAAUAAAUCCUUUUAAAUUUAAUAUUGGACCAUAUUUUAUGGUAUUAGAAGAUAGAGAUAAACAAAUGAUAAAUGCUAUAAAUUAAAUAACACCAUAAUCAACUUCAAUAGUUUAAUUUUUGGGAUCUUUUUAAUUCUUAUUUUACCUUUUAAAUUCAAUUUAACCAACCUCACUCUUUCUAUUAAUCAACAUUAACAUUCCAGUAAACUUUUAUGCUUUUUUAUCUUUGUUUGGAACUUUUGUCUUUAAAGAAAUGCCUUAAUAUUAAGAUAACUAGCUUUCUCAAAACUUACAAUUCGAUGGAAUCAAUGUUAAUGAUGUUCUAAAAAGCUCUGGAAGUAUUUGUUUUGAUAGGUUAGGAUUUCGAAAUAGCUUUUUAUUUAAUUGCUAAAUAGUAUUCUUUAAAUAUCUUUUUCUGAUAGUUACACUCAUCAUUAUUUAAAUAUUAAAAAAAAAAAUUGAAUUUAAGAAAAAAAAAGGCAUAAUUGUUAAUAAAUCUAACAAAUUAAAGAAGCUCGAAACAUUAAUAGUUGUGAGGAUAAGUAAAGAAAAUGAAAUCAAUUUAUUAAUGAUAGUUUUAAGCAUUUGUAUUUAAAUUAUUUAAAUAGAUCAGUUAUCAUGGCUUAGUCGCUGGGGACUUUAUUCAGGAUUAUUUACUUUUGGAGUCUUUUUAAGUUAUACAAUUUACUUUUUUGUGUGUUACAAUAAGCAAAGUUACUUUGAAAAUUAUGGUGAACUUUUCUAACACUUUUAUGAAAGGAUAAGUACAGCUAAAUAUAACAAAAAUUACUUCAUUAGAAACUAUCAUUUUAUUUAUCAUCUAAAAAAAAUAAUACUUAUGAUUGUAAUUUACUCAAUGGUAAACUAUCCUUAUGUCGUCUGUAGCACUGGAAUUAUUUUUAAUGUAAUUACUGCAAUAUUAACAAUAAAUCUAAGACCAUACUAAUACUUAAUUUAAUCAAUUAUUAAAGCAGUAGGAGAUAUCAUAUUAACAAUAAUAUGGGUACUUAUGAUAAUUUUUAACAAUUUUAAAAUUAAAAACUAGAAUAAUACCAUUUUAAAUUAAUAAGAGGUUGAACAAUUUUUAAAUAUAGGAUUCUAUGCCAUUAUAUUACUAUUAAUUUUCAAUUUCUUAUUUUUCAUAAAUUUCUUAUUUGAAACUUUUUUUCUUCCAAUUUAUCAAAUCUAUAAAAAAAAACUAAUUAAUAAAUAAAAUCAAAUAAAAGGAGAACAUAAAAAAUAAGUAAUAUCCUUAAAAAAUGAUUAUUGA